CACCACACAUCAUUUUAAAUGAAGCUGACUAUUACCCUAUGCCAUAAAAGUCAAGAACGUUGCAGAGAAGCUGCAUAAUUUCUAAAUUUCUUUUGACAUCCAUCUUCUCAAAAGAAUUUGCAAUUUUGAGAUUAAAGAUAAUCAUAACUAACAAUUAAUCUGAUUGCGAUUUUAUUUAUCAUUGAUAAAUAAUUUAAAGGUCAUUUUGGUAUCGAUGAAGAUAGCCCAGUAGUCGGCACUUCGGUGUUGACAUGAAUAUCAAUUAUAUGGUCAUUUUUAUAAAUUUACUGUUUGCAGAAGUAUGAAUUAUUCGAAAUACUAAGGAUUUUCUUAUCCCAGGCAUAGAUUACUUUAGCCGUAUUUGGCAUAACUUUUUGGAAUUUUGGGUCCUCAAUGCUCUUUAACUUUAUACUUGUUUAGCUUUCUAACUAUUUUGAUCUGAGCGUCACUGAUGAGUCUGGCGUAUCAAAUUAUAAGCCUGGUACCUUUGAUAACUAUAGUUUUACUUACAGGAAAGAAAACAAUAUUCUUUAAUCUGAAGGCACAGCACUUAUCAGAACAACAAUUGAAGUUCUUCUUUUAAUAAAUAAACCAAGUAGUAACCCAUCAAUCUAAUUAGUUGAUCUUUAAUCAUUGAAUGUUAUUUUUAAUGGAUUUUGUUUUAAUACCAUGAAAUACAUGUACAUGUAUACUGUAAUCUGAUCAUGUACAUUCGACAGGAUGAAGAUGCUUGCUGGCCAAACACUUGUCCACCCAAAACUAGAUGUAUUGUUGGCUAUGGAAACCUAAACAUUUGUGUACAAUUUGAAACACCAUGUGACAAUAAUCAGUGUAUAAAUGGUGCCGUAUGUAUCAACUCUGUGAAAGACUAUAGCUGUCGCUGCCAACCUGGAUACCAUGGAAAGUACUGCCAAUUAACGCCAUGUUCAACUGGUCCAUGUCAGAAUGAGGGAACAUGUACUUUCUCAGGACCAAUUUAUACUUGUACAUGUAAACCUGGAUAUUACGGAAGGAAUUGCCAGUUUACGCCGUGUUCAGUGGGUCCAUGUCAGAAUGGAGGAACAUGUAGUGUCUCUGGAUCAAUUUAUUCUUGUGCAUGUACACUUGGAUAUUACGGAACGAAUUGCGAGUUGAAUGCAUGUUUACCGAGCCACUGUCAGAAUGGUGGUACGUGUACUCCGACUGGCGGAUCGAAUUACGAAUGUGCUUGUCUAUUCGGAUGGUAUGGGUCAAAUUGUAACAUAAAUCCUUGUUUACCUAACCCUUGUAUCAACGGCGGAACUUGUCAUCCAACCGGAAUUUCUUCUCAUACAUGCUCAUGUUUGUCAGGAUGGUAUGAAUCUAACUGCAAUGUAAAUCCUUGUUUACCAAAUCCCUGUAACCACGGAACUUGCCAUCCAACCGGAAGUUCAAGUCAUACAUGCUCAUGUUCGUUUGGGUGGUAUGGAACUAACUGCGAUUCAAACGCAUGCUCACCCAACCUGUGUCUCAACGGUGGUAGUUGUUCACCUACUGGAGGAUCAAAUUACAACUGCGAUUGUAAAAACGGAUGGUCUGGAUCAACUUGUGAAAAAAGAAAAACGAUUUUGUAAAUCCUGUAACAUUGACAAAGCAUGCACUGACACUGUGUCUUCUUCAUAUAAAUUCACCUUACAACCAAGUUACAUGUAUACUGGACCAACUUGCCUCGGAUUCGAAGGAAUAAAUUAAUUGCCUGCAACAUGAUGGAGCUAUUAUAUUUGAAAAAGAAAUUUAGUUUUACAAUUUGAACCUUCAUUGUAUUUGACAAGCUAGUAGAUCCUUCUGAAAGAACCUUAGUCGAUUGAAUAUCUUAAAUUCAAAUUUAUAAAGUAUAAAAUGUUGAACAUGUUGAACAAUACUGUAAACCAACUAAUUUUCGCGAGUGAUUUAUUUUCGCGAGUUUCGCGAGUAGAAAAAUAACGCAAAUAUAAAUCGUCGCGAAUAUGUAAAACUU